GUAGUUCUGCGUGAUUGUUGCUUGAACUUGAAACCGGUUUUUCGAUUUUUCGUCGAUGUUGACUGUCAGUGCUAUCAGAAUAUCAUCGUCUUUCGUCUUCAAAGUUCAGAAACGAAAAAUGCCGAUGGUCAGAGUUGCGACGAAUCUACCAAAUGAGAAGGUUCCUGUUGAUUUUGAGAUUCGUCUCACCGAUCUUCUUGCUCGAUCAAUGGGAAAACCAAGAGAGAGAAUUGCUGUCGAGAUAGCCGCCGGUGCUCGUCUAGUUCAUGGGGCCACUCAUGAUCCUGUGACCGUAAUUUCGAUCAAAUCAAUCGGAGCAGUGUCUGCUGAAGACAAUAUUCGCAAUACGGCAGCCAUCACUGAGUUUUGUGGAAAGGAAUUGGGUCUUCCAAAAGAUAAGGUUGUUAUCACAUUCCACGACUUACCACCAGCUACGGUAGGGUUCAACGGUACAACUGUCGCCGAAGCAAAUAAGAAAUAAUUUUUGAUGUCAGUUGUUCAUAAUGUGACUAGAUUAAUUUUGAUUUCAUGCACUUUUGUAAUUGCUCUUCGUAAAUUUUAAUAAAGAUAUAUAUAUUUCA